AUGGUGGAUUAUUACAAAGUCCUUGGAUUGAAGAAAAGUGCCUGCCAGGAUGAUAUUAAGAAAUGCUACCACAAACUGGCACUAAAAUGGCAUCCUGAUAAGAAUCCCAGGAACAAGGAGGAAGCUGAAGAGAAAUUCAAAGCAGUCACUGAGGCAUACAAGGUUUUGUCUGACCCUCAGAAACGAUUGCUCUAUGACAUGUCUGUUAAGGAGAGCAGAUCCCACACAAGAAGUAGUGCCACGGUGGGUCAUAACAGCUUCUUUGAUUCCACUUAUGUGUUCCACAAUGUUGAGGAGAUCCUUAGGGAAGUCUUUGGAGGAAUGGAUCCCUUUGAAUAUGUUUUCUGGGACCCCUUUGACAACCUCAGAAACAUUGGGGAAAACUUGCACUGGACAAGUAGAAGAGAAAGAAGCUCCAGCCUGUUUUCUGACUUUACGGAGUCAUUUAUGCCGUGGAAUUCAUUCAGCUUCAGCGAGCAGUCCACCUUUGCUAAGGACACAGCUGAGCCACACAGCAUCAGAUCAGUGUUAACCACUGCCAAAGUGAUCAAUGGCAAGAGGAUCAUCAUCAGGAAAAUCAUUGAGAACGGGCAGGAGAGAACAGAAGUGGAAGAAGACGGUCAGCUGAGGUCUGUGACAAUAAACGGAAAAGACCACCUGAAAUUAUGA